CUCCUGAACGAAAGAACUCAAAAGAAAACACUGCCCGAGUUGGAUUCCGCGUUAUUUGAUGGCGGUCAUUGGGAUGCUGCGACGUCGUUUGAUAUAACUUCUUCUUCGCAUUCUCCCUCUCAGUCUCAGCGCAUCCUUCCUUGGCGGUGGUUCUCUCUCCCUCGAAAUGUCGGGCAGUCUCUCGAAGUUGAGAACAGAGCAUGACCCGGUUACCGAUCCCGGAAAAAGUACAGCUCCAGAGCCGGAAAAUGAGACCGCAGAUAAACCUAAGAAAGCGGUGGUGCUGGAUUUAGGCAACGGAAGUCAGGUUUUACACAUGCAACGGUUUAUUUCAUAUCAAGAUUCAUGGAAGUAUUUUGAUUACCUGGAUAAAAACAUACCUUGGACCCGACCCACUAUUACCGUCUUUGCCCGAUCGCAUGUCCAGCCCAGGGAUACGUGCUAUGUUGCAAGUGUAGGAUUGACACAACUAGCAUACAGUGGUUAUCAACCUCAUGCUUAUUCUUGGGACGAGUUUCCACCCCUUAAGGAAAUUCUGGAUCUGGUCCACAAAGUUCUUCCUGGAAGCAGUUUCAAUAGCUUGCUACUAAAUAGGUACAAAGGAGGCAAUGAUUAUGUUGGUUGGCAUGCAGAUGAUGAGAAACUUUAUGGACCAACUCCGCAAAUUGCUUCAGUUUCAUUUGGAUGUGACCGUGACUUUCUCUUGAAGAAGAAACCAAGUAAGAGUGUUCAAGUUAAGUCAACUGGAAGAAAUGAGGGUCCUCCCAGCAAGAGAUCAAAGAAGCUUAGUAGUAGCGAUCAACAUACUUUCCUGCUAAAACAUGGCUCGCUGCUUGUAAUGAGUGGCUACACCCAAAGGGACUGGCUACAUUCAGUGCCCAAACGUGCUAAAGCUGAGUCUGCUCGAAUUAAUCUCACGUUCAGACGCAUUUUGUGAUUUACCUUACCUUUUCCAGAGGUCUUUCUGGUAUGAGGGAGCUAGCCAAUUCUGAUUUAAUGAGCUUGGUGAAGUUAUCUGCAUUUUGGUUGCUGGAAACCUGUUGAUAGUUAUGCUGAUAAUGAUCAUUUUGCUUUUUCUGAGAAUUAGACGGAUUGUCAAUUCAGUGACUCCGUGAAAUAUAGAGUUGGAAAGAAAGCAAUUAGUUUUGAGGUAUUUUUGAUUUGUUGAGAUCAGUGAAGGUAUUGGCCUUUGUCUUGCAGUGAGCCUGUUAUGCAUUGGCUGCCAUGCCUGCAACGACUUUCUUCUGAUUAUGCGAUAUAGAUCUCCAGUUCAGUGGCAUGGUAUGAUGACAGAGGAAAAUGGCUCAAGGGUCAUCAUCGGAUCUUGAUAUAUUUUUGAGGGAAGAGGGUGUGCAGUCCACUUCCCUGGAGGAUCAUAUGGUAUUGUGCUUGUGAGCUGUGUGAUGACUGUGUAUGGCUGCUUUCACUGGCAGAUUAAUGCUGCUUUGCCGUAGAAAAUGGUGAGGAGGCAGGCAAUCAAAACUCAUCGAGACGGUGUACUAGUCUUGAUUUAGUUGCGGUUACUUUGCAGCUUGUGUGCUUUUUUCUCCUUUUUGGUUACCGAAAUGGGAAAAUAGGGGUGACAUGGAACUUCUUUGCUGUACUUCAAGGGUAUUUGUAAGACGUAGAAAAAGAUACAAAUAAUUGAAUGUAUAAAUUUUUUGUAGCGUUGAAGGUCCUAAUAUAUUUAAUUAAUAUAUGAUAAAAUUA